AUGAACGGCUCGGAAAAUAAUCAAUCAGAAUCAAAGUCUUCACCUGAGGGGCAGGAAGAUUUCGACGAUUUCGAAGAGGAAACAAAAGAUUCAAUGGCUGACAGUACAGAGAGAGAAGGUAAUUCCGACUCUGAAUUUGCAGACGAUGAAGAUGGAGAUACAGGUAGCGAAGGAGAGAAAAUUGAAGAUUCAGUGACUGUUAAGGAAGAAGCAGGUCCAAUUGAAGCUGCACAGCCAGCCAGUGGAGGUAAUGAAGAAAAUCAGGCAGAUACAAAACCCAACAUCAAAAUUGAGCCUGGUCCAAUUGAAGCUGCACAGCCAGCCAGUGGAGAUAAUGAAGAAAAUCAGGCAGAUACAAAACCCAACAUCAAAAUUGAGCCUGUCCCAGUUAAAGCUGAGGCCGAUGGGGAUGGUGUGGGCCAGGCAGGCUACACCAUGGAAAGAAAACCAAACAUAAAACUGGAACAAGAACUUUGUUCAGAGCUCGUGGCGUGGCCCGCCUGGUGCUGA